CCUGUCCCCAUCCUCCCGCUUCCCCCCCUUCCCGCAGAUCGUCCUGGACGUGGGCUGUGGCUCGGGCAUCCUCUCCUUCUUCGCGGCGCAAGCGGGCGCCAGGAAGAUUUACGCCGUGGAGGCCAGCACCAUGGCGCAGCACGCCGAGGUGCUGGUGAAGAGCAACAACCUGACGGAGCGCAUCGUGGUGAUCCCCGGCAAGGUGGAGGAGGUGUCGCUGCCCGAGCAGGUGGACGUCAUCAUCUCGGAGCCCAUGGGCUACAUGCUCUUCAACGAGCGCAUGCUGGAGAGCUACCUGCACGCCAAGAAGUACCUCAAGCCCAGCGGGAACAUGUUCCCCACCAUCGGCGACGUGCACUUGGCGCCCUUCACGGACGAGCAGCUCUACAUGGAGCAGUUCACCAAGGCCAACUUCUGGUACCAGCCCUCCUUCCACGGCGUGGACCUGUCGGCGCUGCGCGGCGCCGCCGUCGAUGAGUAUUUCCGACAGCCCGUGGUGGACACCUUCGAUAUCCGCAUCCUGAUGGCCAAGUCGGUCAAGUACACGGUCAACUUCUUAGAAGCCAAAGAAGGCGACUUGCACAGGAUAGAAAUCCCCUUCAAGUUCCACAUGCUGCACUCGGGGCUGGUGCACGGCCUGGCCUUCUGGUUCGACGUCGCCUUCAUCGGCUCCAUGUAGGCAGCAAGGGGGUGGGCGCCGGCACCCGACGAGACCCCCCCGCCCCCC